ACUUGGGUCCGAUGCUUUGGGCAAAGCUUAAGCCAAAAAAGGACUUUUUCGCGUUUGGAGAGGUAGGGGGAAAAUGGGCUUUGAGACGCGCCGAGCCGCGUUUCUGAUUGUCAUGUGGACGAGUCAGCUGCUUCCCCCCUCCGCUUCCUGUCGGAUGGCGAGUCCCAGGAUUGUCACCUCUCCGCUAGGAGAGAAAAGAUUCCAGUUUGACUCCAGCGAGAACCACAUUGUGCUUUAUCAUGAAAAAGGCACCCCUUCUGUCUAUGUGGGAGCAGUUGGCAUGCUUUACUACUACAACUUUGAGAACUCCACCAACUAUGCGGUGUCUUUUGGUACAGAGGGAACGCUGUCUAGCUGCAGAAAACGUAAGGAUGCCAAGAACUAUCUCACACUCCUGGAAAAAUAUGAGGGCAAGCUGUUGAUCUGUGGCACUAACGCUUGCAAUCCUACCUGCUGGAAUUGGGUAGAUGGGAAGAAGGAGCCAGGGAUCAAUGCCCAGGGCCUGGCUCCCUUUGGCCUUGAUCAAAAUGACCUUGUCCUUAUUGAUGGUAAGGACAUCUACUCUACCAUCAAGAAGCACCAGUACAAUGGGCGGAUUCCUCGUUUCCGUCGGAUUCGUGGGUCUGCAGAGCUGUACACUAGUGACACAGUGAUGAAUAAGCCUCAGUUUGUGAAAGCUGCUGUCAUAAAGCAAAAUGAGGCAUACAAUGAUAAAAUCUACUACUUCUUCCGAGAGGAGAACCCGGAAUGGCCAAAGAAUGCAGCGGCCCCGACGAGCGUGUCCAGGGUGGCUCAGCUGUGCAAGGGAGACCAAGGAGGCAGCGGCUCCCUCUCUGGUGCCAAGUGGACAACCUUCUUGAAGGCCACCUUGCUGUGUGUGGACUCUGCCACUGACCGGCACUUUAACCGGCUGCAGGAUGUCUUCAUUGUGGAGGCUGCUGAUUGGCCGGAGACGAGAGUCUAUGGGCUCUUCCUGAAUGAGUGGGGAUAUGCUGCAGUCUGUGUCUAUACUGUCGGCGACAUUGACAAAGUCUUCCGAACAUCACCGCUCAAAGGCUACAAUGGCCAGCUCCCCACUGUGAGGCCUGGGCAGUGUCAAGAAGGAGAACAGCUGACUCCACCCGAGACCUUCAAAGUGGCUGACAGCCACCCUGAGGUGGCACACAAAGUGAAGCAAGAUGCCAUCUUAUUCCACAGCAAGCAUCGCUACCAGCAAAUUGGGGUCCACCAAGUCCAGGUGGCAGAUAAAAACACCUACACUGUUCUCUAUUUGGCCACAGACAAAGGAACCAUCCACAAGGUUGCAGUGUUACCAAUGGGGACCAUGAAUGUCCUGGAGAUCCAGCCUUUCAGAUCUUUUGCUGACAUCCGGUCCAUGACUUUGGACAAUGAAAGAAAUGAGCUAUAUGUAGCCUCUGUGAGUGAGGUGGUUCAGCUCCCCAUGGCCAUGUGUGGGGCAUAUAAGGACAACUGUGAGAGCUGCAUGCUGGCGAGAGAUCCUAGCUGUGGGUGGAUCAAUGGGAAAUGCACUUCUGUUUAUGACCAUGGAAAUGGAACACUGUUACAGGCUCUAACCCAUGAUGUUUUUUUGGAUGUUUGUGCCUCUUCAAACCACGGCAGCACAAAAGGUGAUUACACUGAGCCCUGUAAGAACAUCACUGUGGUCCCAUCGUCCCGCUAUUAUCUGAACUGCUCCAUUGAAUCCCACCAUGCCAAUUACACUUGGCUGCAUCAUAAUCGCAACAUUGCACAUUGUGGCUCUGGUCAUCGCCAUUGCAUACACUUCAUAGGCAACAUGACUGAUGAACUCUAUGGCACCUAUUCCUGCAUUUCCCAAGAGGAUUCGUUUAACCAGACACUUGUGACUGAGUGCCUGAUAAAUCCCUUUGAGGAGACGACAACGACGUUGUUCAGGGCCUGGGCCACCAAAGCAUCCUUCUCAUUCUGGCUAGGACUAUUUCAUAUGAUAGUAGUCUUGUUGCUCAUCCAGUAAAGACUUGGCCCUUCUGACUGCCGACAAGCAUGAAUGAUCACACUGUGCCUCUUUUUAGUGUGUCUUCUUCCAUCUCAGAAGGUGGCCCUUUGGUAGAUAUGAUUCUUCACUUGGCUUAGAGGCUACCUAUUCCCAGUUGCCUAGAGAAGUGGCAGUCCAGUGAUCCCUAGUUGAUAGCAGAAUGGAGAUGAGAAGAGAGGUUAUAGAUAAGCAAUGGUAUCCAAAAAGACUCCUGGGCAGGGACAUUGGUAGAACCAUCAAAAUAUAAACCUGACUACUAAAGAAGUAGAAACAUUGAAAACAACAAGGCAUGGACUAGCCAUUGGGGCAGAGGGAAUGGCUGAGGUGGGAGAGAAGGACCUUUGAAGGUCCAUGUCAGGUUCCAGAUAGUUGGGUUCCAGGAUAUGGUAGAAUUGUCUGUCUGCCCAUGUGGGCCAGACAGUUGGUACAUGGUUGAAAACAGGCAGAAAACAAGGUCCGGAGGACAAACAAGGAUCUAAGGGAAGCAGUAAGGUCAGAAACACGCAUCAAGAUCCAACACAGAGCCUACAUGCUAAAUAUAAGACUCUUCAAACUGGGGAGCAAACUUUGAGGCUAGGGCUUUAUUAGACUUGGUGGCUGACCUUUUAGUCAUGCAUGGUGUGUGUGUCUAUAUAUACACACACAUACUGGAACCCCCAUCAUCACAUAUACACACAUACUGUGCUUUGCUUGUCCACAUGGCAAAUGUGGCGAACUGGUUGGCACAAGUCCCAGUCUCCAUUUGACAUGGCUGUCAUUUUGAAAGCAAGGGCACAUACUCAGGAUCUCUUAACACUUAUAAGGCAUAAUUAAGCAAUCCUCUAUGCAAAGAAGCAUCUUGUAGGACCAGACAUACCCCCACAUGAAGAUUUGCAAGGAUCACUGCUAGCAUUAGAUGAUCCAAACUGAUCAGCAGACCACCACCUCUCCACCCUGGUCUACCCAGCCCACUCACAGAUUGGCUUGGUUCUAUGCUUGUCCACAUGUGCCAAUCCGUUCGCCACAUUUGCCAAGUCCCCACAGUGCAGUGUGUUGGUGUGAUGCUGAUUCUUCUGCUUCCCAUCAUGCAUUAGAGCAGGAACCGAUUAUACUUCGUGUGCAAUUAGGUCACAGAUGGUCGGAAAUCUCUUGUGUUAUUUUAGUGGAUGAAGGAUAUGUAUGUAUUUAUUUAUUGUGUCUUCUUAAUUAAACAAAUUCUGGUCAACUCUUUUUUUGGGGAAAAAGGUCACUGCAACUUAUAGGCAAAGAAGAUGGAAACCUUUUCCAGAGAAUAAAACACAUAAAUAAAGCACAUCCUGAAACCAAAACAGAAGUCAUUGGCUGCAAUCUAGUAACUAUGUUGCAUGCCCAACACCAUUCAAAGCCUUUGAAAACAAAGUCCUUUUGUUUGCCUUUCUCAAAGCCAGUAAGGGUGUGUAUGUAUAGAUGAAAUGAAGGGAGAUCAAAAUGGGUUCACAAGGCUUUUAUGUUUAUAUAUGUGCUUGUGAACAUACCAGCAAAUUGAACGCUGGUAUAUUGUCUUAUUCCUCUUUGGGAAAGGAUGACCCAUUCAUGGUAGAGCAUGUAUGUUGCAUGCAGAAGGUCCCACGUUCAAUCCUGGCAUCUCUAGGUAGCGCUGGAAAAAAGAUUCCUGCCUGAAACUUUAGAAAGCUAUUGACAGUGUGUGUAGACCAGGUGUGGAGAAGCUCUGACCCUCCAGAUGCUGUUGGACUCCAACUCCCAUCAGCCCCAGCUACCAUGGCCAGUGAUCAGGGAUAAUGGGAGCUGUAGUCCAGCAAUAGCUGGAGGGCCAAAGGUUCCCCAUCCCUGGUGUAGACAAUAAUGAGCUAAGUGGACCAGCAGUUUGAUUUCAGUAUGAGGCACCUGUCUGCUUCCUGUCUUAGCCUUUCUGAUUGGUUGCUGCCUGUGGGAAUGGGCCGCCAUCUGGGGAUGGGCAGAUGAGUAUGAGUGGUUUUAAUACUAGUCCUGCUCAGAGUAGAUUCAUUGAUGUUAAUAGACAUGACUAAGAUUCAUUAAUUCCAGUGGGUUUACUCUGAGUAGGACCUAGCUGAAUAUAUUUCUGGCCCAUUUUUUGUGUGGUCUCCCUUAUGUUUGUUCUGACUAGUUUCUGCAUUCACCUGUGAAUAUUUUUUUUGAGGGGGUGGAAGUCCCCAUUUAAAUAUGUAUUUAAAAUCACAUUUCAAAGGUCAUAUCUACAUCAUACAUUUGAAGUGCAUGGCAUCCUCCAAAGAAAAGAGUAGUUCAUCUCUCAGUUCCGAGCUGUCUUAACAAACUACAGUUCUUGGGAUACUUUGGUGAAAGCCAUGUGCUUGAAAUGUGUGAUGCCCAUGAUCAAAUCCACUUGAGAAUAAACUGUGAAAUCAAAUGGGUGUUUCUCCUUUUUGGCUUGCUUUCAAGCCAAGGAGGCAACACUCUGUUGCACUACAAUUUUUAAAAUAUUUUUAAGCUGCAUUCCUCUUCAUUGCAAUGGGUUUUCUUGUCCCUUGCACUUUAUUAUAAUAUGUAUAAUCAACCAAAGGGCCAAUGUAUUGUCAUUAUUUGUAUUUUGCCUUGCAGUUGCACUGUAGCUCAAUUCCCCCCCCAAAACACUUUUUAAAAAAAAUAAAGCUUUAUCAAAAUC